AUGCGUGUUGAUAUUAGGAUAAAGGAUUGGCGAAAAGUGCCUACAGUGGUAAAAUCAAACCUAUGGGAGGAUGUUUCAAAGAAAUUUGUCAUGCCAAUGGAUGAAACCCAUACCCUCAAUGUGAAGAAGGUCGCUUUGAAAUCUAUGAGCCAUGCAUGGAAGGAUUUCAAGUGGAAACUAAAUAUAAAUUAUGUCAAGAAGGACAAAACUCCAUUUGAGGACUAUCCAGAACUCAAGAAAGAGUGGUGGCCAGACUUUGUGGAGUGGGUUACCUUUGAUGAGUAUAUUGCUCUAGGAGAAAAGGGCAAGCAAAGCCAAAGCAUGAAUAAGUUCCGUCAAAAACUAGGUCGGCGAAGCUAUACUGUACAAAAGAGAAAAUGGGCAAUGGAAGAUGCACAAGCAUUAACCGAGGGUAAAUCUAUUCCAUUUCAAGACAUGCCAGAUGGUCGUCAUAAGGAUUGGGCAAGGGCGAGGAAUCCUUCUGGCGAUGUGAACAUAACAGAGUCGCAUCCAAUCAUAAAGAAAAUUGUAGAUCUAAAUGAAAAGUCAGUAGCUGGUACCUUUACACCAUUGGAUAAUAUGGACAUACUUGCAACAGCAAUAGGGAGUAAUCAUCCAGGGAGGACAACAGGGGUGAGUGCUUAUGUGGGUUUAGGGAUGGGUCUUGCUCAAGGUGAUGGCCCUCGUAAGAAGAAACGUAGAACAACGAAAGAAUAUGUCAAGAGGAUUGUGGAUGAGUACGAGGCCAAGUUUGAGAAACUGACAGCCCUGUGUCAAAGUAUGGAGCGUCGAUUAAACAAUUCUGAGAGUUGCUCAUCUUCAAAAUUUGUUGAUACACCAAACCAUGCAACACAUCAUUCAGUUGACUCAUUACAAGUAACUUCAUGUACUUGCAGCACAUAUGACUUAUCAGAUUACAAAAUCAAUGUUCCACUAAUAUUCUGCAUUUUCCCUUAA